GUUGAUUUUUUUGCACGUCCACUAAUAUCUUUAUGUGAACUUUUUUUUUAUAUUAUUCUCUUGACCAGUUAAUUUGGCCAGCAAAAAUCGAAACUUUGUCCUCGGCUCCAGAAGAGAAAUAUGGGGCCCAGGCUAGAAACAGAAAAAAAAAAUUUUUUUUCUUAGAAACCAUUUCGCAUGUCUUCCACUAACAACAUCGUUUCUUCUUCCUCUGCAGUUAGCACUAGCAGGAAACGUGCUCGUGACGAAGUAGAGAGCACUCCCAACGUCAACGAGGUGUCAUUGAGUACUCAAUCCGAUCCAAACGAGUACCGUGGCAGGCUAGUGCCUUUCAAACCAGUGUCCACGGAAAACCUGUCAAGUGUAUAUAGUAAACUUUUCCUGGAUCCGACACCCAAGGGCCAUGUGCUAAAGCGUGAAUGCUUCACGCUAUUCCGUCUGCAUGAGCCAUCGUUGUUCAAGCAGUUGGAGAAGCUCAAGCUUCGGCUGGUCUCGGAGGAGGAUUGGGAGACCGCCAAAAAAGCAAGGCCUACUCUGCAACAACAACAUAGAGUGGCUGAGGCGUCUGUGGUUGCAAGCACCACAGAGUCAAUGCAGGAGUUGGCAGCUAGGGGUCUGCGCAAGGUUUUCACUGAGCUGACUGCUGUUGGCGUGGAAGCGCCUCAUAGUAAACGCUUGGAGGAAAGGGCAGCUCUAUGGAUAGAGCUAUAUAAGACGGUUGUGCCAGCCAAGCAUCCUGUCGAUCAAGAGGAGACUGCUAGCGAGCCAAACAGUUCUCCUCGUCAUAGUAAGAGAGCUCGAACAUCCAGCACAAGGUAUCCUUUCCAUAACCUAAACCCCACUACUCCUGUGGACAAGAUAAAGGAGAGUCCAGCUGGCGUAAGCAAUAUAAGAGGUCUAACGAAAACCCAGCUACCCGAGUAUGUCCGCAAUAUCGACCAUCCGGCGCAGUAUACCGUGUAUGGUAUUGCUAAGCAAUAUGGCGACCUCGAAAUCGAGUUAUAA